UAAGUUGGGAACAACCUUCAUCUAAUUUAGACAUUGAAUCACCUUAUUAAACAUAAUAAAACAAUAUAAACUAUACACCAUUUAUAUCUACCUACGAUCUAUAUGGCUAAGAAGACACCACUAGCUUUUCCUCUCCUCCUUUGUUCAAUACUCAUUCUCGUACCACAAAAAGCAACUACUCAAAGUGUCGAAUGUGUUAAAGAGAAAGGUAACUACACUCUCAACUCUACAUACCAUGAUAACCUCAAUCACCUCCUCUCAAACCUUCCUAACCCCGAAAACAACAACGGCUUCGGCUUUUACAAUCUCUCCUACGGCAACUCAUCCAACCAAGUUUACGCAAUCGGACUAUGCAACGGCGACACCUUGCCCGAUGUGUGCCUGAAAUGUAUUAAUGACUCUACAUAUAUUCUCCCACAGCGUUGCCCUAAUCAAAAGGAGACACUCUUAUGGUACGACGAUUGUAUGUUGCGCUACUCAAACUGCUCUUUGUUUGGUGUCAUGGAAACUAAGCCAAACAUAAUUUAUCAUAAUACGGAAGACGUGCCUUCUGAUAUUGUGGUUGAAUAUUUUCAAAUUCUUAAUGGAUUGUUAGAACAUCUGAAGAGACGAGCCGCGGCUGGUGGUUCUUUUCGAAAAUUUACUGCAGCAAAUGCUACAGCUCCAAGAUUUAGAACCAUAUAUGGACUUGUGCAGUGUACACCUGACCUGUCCCAGGAGGACUGUAACAAUUGUUUGGAGGUUGCAUUUGAAAAAAUUCCUGGUUGUUGCGAUGGGAAAAAAGGUGGACAAGUAUUGGGAACCAAUUGUAGAUUUAGAUAUGAGGAUUACCUUUUCUAUAAUUCUACUGCGGUUGAAAUUCUAACACCAUCCCUACCCCCAUCACAACAACCAACGCCAUCUCCUUCUCCACCAUUUUAUUCUGGAAGGGGUAGUAAGAGUAACACAUCAGCUAGAACAAUUGUUAUUAUAAUUGUUGUGUCUGCCGUGGGGUUUGUGGGUCUAAUCAUCUUCAUAUCCACAUGUGUAUGUUUGAAAUUGAGGAGGGCAAAAAAUUUGGCUCAAAAUCAUUUCACAUAUGAACCCGUGGAAGAAAUUGAAAGUGCAGAAUCUUUGCAAUUCAGUUUUGAGUCUAUUCAACUUGCUACAGAUAAUUUCUCUGAGGAAAAUAAGCUUGGACAAGGUGGAUUUGGUGCAGUUUAUAAGGGUAGGCUUCCUGAUGGACGAGAUAUAGCAGUGAAAAGAUUGUCUAAGGGAUCAGCCCAAGGUGAUCACGAAUUCAAGAAUGAGGUAAUACUAGUUGCCAAGUUACAUCAUCGCAAUCUUGUUAGGCUUCUUGGUUUUAGCAUGGAAGGAAGUGAGAAGCUUCUUCUAUAUGAGUUUGUCCAAAAUACAAGUCUUGAUCACUUCAUAUUUGAUCCAAGGAAGCGAUCAAAUUUAGAUUGGGAUAAGCGUUACAAGAUAAUAGAAGGAGUGGUUCGAGGACUUCUUUACCUACAUGAAGAUUCUCGUUUGAGAAUUAUUCAUCGAGAUCUCAAAGCUAGUAACAUCUUGUUAGAUGAAGAAAUGCACCCUAAGAUUUCAGAUUUUGGAAUGGCAAGACCUUUUGUUAUUGAUCAAACUCAAGACAAUACAAGUCGAAUUGUGGGAACAUAUGGAUACAUGGCUCCAGAAUACGCUAUGCAUGGACGGUUUUCAAUCAAAUCUGAUGUAUUUAGUUUUGGUGUGUUACUUUUAGAAAUAAUUACUGGGAAGAAAAAUAAUUAUUUCAGCCAAGAAGAGUAUUCUGAAGAUCUUUUAAGCUAUACAUGGAGAAAUUGGAGAGAAGGAAAUGUUUCAAAUAUAGUAGAUCCAUUAGUGAGAGGUGGAUCAAGAUAUGAAAUAAUGAGAUGUAUUCACAUAGGAUUAUUGUGUGUUCAAGAAAAUAUGACAGAUAGACCAACUAUGAAUGCUGUUGUUCUCAUGUUAAAUAGUGACUCUCUUUCUCUCUCAGUGCCCUUAGAGCCAGCUUUCUUUAUACAUACCAAUGGCAACAUCGUUGGACCAGAAAUGUCGUUUCCAUUUGACUUCAGUUCAAGAGAAAUUGAAUCAUCAUCAGAUCAAUCAAAACCUAACCCUAAUAAUAUAUCCAUUAAUGAAAUUUCAAUUACUGAACUCUACCCUCGAUAAUCUAAUGACAUUGUUGUUGGUAGAAGCUUAGAUUUCUACUUAUGAAAAAUAUCAUUGGUGUGAUGUGUUGUUCAAUUUCUUUAUUAUUUUCAUGUUAGUAAGUGUAUGGUUAGUACACAGAUGUUAAUACAAAUCAAUUGUUAAAGUGUUGAUAUUUCUUAUAUUUAUUUAUAUUUAUAAAAGAUAUUACUUAUUUUGUUUUUCUUUAUUGUAUUUUAAAGUGAUUUUUUUUAAGAAAUUACACAAAGUAUAGGAAAAUUUACAUGGUAUACUGACUUUUAUUAUUUUUUGUAAAAAUACUGCAAGAUGGUAUUUUUUUACUUUUUACUAUGUAUUUUUAUAAGUUUUAUAUUGCAGUAUACUGUAUUUAUUUUUUAGUUUUUUUUUUGUUUGUUUCAGUAUUUUUUUAUGGUUGUAUUCCAUAAUUUAUUUUUUAACGUCGAUUUCACUGUUUUUGCUCUAUCUUGCUGGAAUUAAUGAUUUUUUCUCGGUGUUCUCGUGGUACUGUGUUGGUUCUAUCCGUGAGUGUGGAAGAUGGAGGCUAUAAAAUACAUUUCUUCUUCCUACUCUAUGGUUAUUUUGUGAUUAUUUUUUAUUAUUUGGUUCUCCUAAAAAUACAUUACACGAGCUCAUUAGAAAAAAAAAUUUGAGGUGUGUGGUUCUUUUAUUUUUUUCUAAGUGGUUAUAUCUGCUUAUUAUUUUACAUUUAUUUUUGUGUUGUUUUAGUAGUUUUUUUGUUCUAAUUUUUUUAAGAUUGAGCUUGCAAAUAUAACUGCUAUUGCAUUGGGUA